CCAUACCCUCUCCUCACACACGUGCCACCUUUUAAUUGGUCUGUUUCUCUUCGUCGGGAUUCAUACCAACACAACCAAUAAACAUUACCAGUCACUCUCAUCACCCCCUUCUUUCUCAAUCUCUCUCUCUCUCUGUGGAAAAAAAACACUAUCUUUUUUCUCUCUGUGUUUUUCCUCUAUCAAUAAAACCCAAAUUUUCUUUUGAAUUUAAUCAUUUCUUUAUCCAAGAAUCUCCAUUUUCGUGCUCAGCAAUGGAUGAUCUUCAUUUUAGUUACAGUUUCGAGUUCUAACACUCUAAUUUUGAUUAAAUUCCUUUUCUCUUUUGAUCUUGUGAAGAAAGAGAAAAAGAAAGAAUGAUGGAGGAAGCAAUGGAGAGUUCAAUCAACGGAGGAUUAGGUGUAGGAGGUUUCACACAGUUACAGAGCUGUGUUGGUGGGGGUGACAGUAGUGAAGAAGAGCUAUCCGUAUUGCCUCGUCAUACAAAAGUUGUAGUGACUGGUAAUAACAGAACUAAGUCUGUUCUUGUUGGUCUUCAAGGUGUUGUCAAGAAAGCUGUUGGUCUUGGCGGUUGGCAUUGGCUGGUUCUUACUAACGGCAUAGAAGUAAAGCUACAGAGGAAUGCUCUUAGUGUGAUUGAGGCUCCCACUGGGAACGAGGAUGAUGACGAUUUGGAAUUCGAUAAUGUGCAGUGGAAUGUAUCUGAUUUGGCAUCCGAUGACACCCAAAAGUCCCAUAGAUCAAAGCAUCGGACGCAUAAAUCAACAGGAUCAUCUUACAAGACUGUGAGUAGGUCACUCUCUUGUGACUCUCAUUCUAAGGGUUCUGUUUUUACGCCUCGUGGUGGAACUACGAAGAUAGACCUCAGCAGAUUGGAGAUGGCUGCCUUGUGGAGAUACUGGAAGCACUUCAAUCUUGUUGAUAAUAUCCCGACUAACCCAUCCAAAGAACAACUAGUAAAUGUUGUUCAGCGGCAUUUUAUGUCUCAGCAAAUGGAUGAGUUGCAGGUGAUCGUCGGAUUUGUUCAAGCUGCAAAAAGAUUGAAGACGGUCUGCAACUGAUGCAGAACGACUAAAAGUGAGACUUUUGAGAUUGAAGGAAUCUCAAUGCUAACAGAAACAAGUAUCUUAAUUAUCGUCCACUUCCUGCCCGACUGCCUGUAACAUAUUUAUGGUUUGAUUAUGAUUACAAUGUUGCUAGCGAGCUAAGUAGUUACUUGCUUGAUGGAAGAAGCUAUAGAGUUUGUGUUUUGGUAACAUUUGGUAGUGUAGUUAGUAGUUAUGUAGAUAUUAUGUAAAAACUGGUGAGUAGAACUUCAACAAGAAGAGUCCUUUGUGAUCUUCUUCUCUUAAGCUUGGUUGGUUUAAUGUAAUUCUGACUUGGGAAGUGGAUUUCUGAAAAUGUAUAUAUUCUUCAUUCAUUCCCUA